UUUCCAACUUCCCAGUAUAACUUCAUGUCGCCCAGCUCCAGAGGCUCCCCGGAGGAGGCCACUGCCCCGAAAUCCGGGCCUUCUCCGUUCUGCCUUCGGGCAGGGAGGGCGGGGGCGGCGUGCGGGAGGCCGGGUCCCAGCGCGUCCCGAAGUCCCUCGCGCCGCCCGGCGUCGCUUUAAGGCGGAGGCCCGGGAGGGGGGCCGACCCCGCCCGCCCGCCGGCUCCACGCUCGGCGGCAUUUCCUCCCCGCUCGCUGGCGCGGCCUCCCCUCCCCUCGGAAGAGGAAACUCCCGGGGCUCGAGUAACGGGAACGAGCGCGGAGGGCAGCGGCAGGACAGCCCCGGGCCCCACGGCGCCAGGAGGGACGCCCAGGGUAGGAGGCGAGCCGGGACCGGCCAGAAACUGGCCGAGGGCAGCGCGCGGGGGCGCCGGGCGGGGAGGGCCGCCGGGCCGGACGCAAGCGCGCAGCCGGCGCAGGGCGCGGCCCGGAGCUCCAGAGCGCAGGGCGGGCCGCAGCUGGAAGGAAAACUUGAGCUGGGAGAGGAGGCCGAGCUGGAGGGCGGCUUCCCCGAGCCGUCCGAGGCGGGGGCCGCCGCGGAAGCGAAGGUGACAGGGGCGGCGGGGGCGCCCGGGCGCUGCGCGCAUGCUGGGCCGGGGGCGCCGCCGGGGCUCGCGCCCUGUGCUGCUCGGCCGCCGCCGCCCCGGGCGCCCAGCAUGUCGGUGCACUACACUCUCAACCUGCGCGUCUUCUGGCCCCUGGUGACCGGCCUGUGCACCGCCCUCGUGUGUCUCUACCACGUCCUGCGGGGAAGCGGGGGCGCCCGGGCAGAGUCCCCCGACGGAGCGGACGACGGCUACCCGCUGCUCAAGGCGGCGGUCCUGCUCCUCCUCGGCUACGUCCUCCUGCGCUGCCGCCACGCUGUCCGGCAGCGCUUCCUGCCGCCGUCCCCCCGCCUGGGGAGCCACCCGGCCUUCUCCCCGAAGCCCUUUGGAGAGCCUGGCCUCGGCAUCUUGCUGGAGAGUUACUAUGAGCACGAGGUGCGUCUGUCGCCGCACGUGCUGGGCCACAGCAAGGCCCACGUGAGUCGCAUCGUGGGCGAGCUGGUGCGGGCUGGCCGCGCCCGGGGAGCUCCAGGCCCCAUCCCCGGGGGAGCACUGGCCUUGGCCUUCCGCGGAGACUUCAUCCAGGUGGGCAGCGCCUACGAGCAGCAUAAAAUCCGCCGACCCGACGGUUUCGACGUGCUGGUGCCGCUGCGUCUCCCGCCGCUGGUGGCGCUGGAGCCACGGAGUCUGGGCGCGGAGCCCGCCCUGAGCCCGGCUUUCCACGGCUGCUUCGUGUGCGCCCUCAAGGCGCCCCCUGCGCCAUCGGGGGCCCCGGGAAGCCACUGGCUCCGGGACUGCAAACCCUUUACCGACGGCUUCUGCGUGGACGUGGGCGGGCGACGCCACCUCUCGACCACGCUGGUACUGCGCUGGUUCCAGUCGCACCUGCAGCGCUCCCUGGCCACCGUGCGCUACAGCCUGGAGGGGCGCUGUCGGGUCAGCCUGACCCCCGGCGGCCUGGAGCAGCCGCCCGUCCUGCACAUCCUGCCCUGCCGCACCGACUACGGCUGCUGCCGCCUUUCCAUGGCCGUGCGUCUUAUCCCCGCCGUCCAUUUGGGCGAGGGUGUCUUCCUCGUGGCGCCACCCCCACCAGCCUUGCCCUCUGGGACCCUGUCGGAGCUCCCGGGAGGCCUGCGCGCAGAGGCGCUGUGGGGUGUCAACACAGCGCGCCAGGAGCUAAAGCUGCUGAGCUGGCUGCAGGAACGGGCUCCUCCAGGUGCGUGCUACCUCAAGUGCCUGCAGUUGCUUAAGGCCCUGCGAGAUCUGGGCGCCCGCGGGCUGGACCCCACGGCCGCCACCCAGUGGGGACGCAUCCUGUCCUCGUAUGUGCUCAAGUCGGCGCUGCUGGCAGUGCUGCUGCGUGAUGGAGCCCCUGCGCAGGGAUGGGAUGAGACACGCCUGGGCGAGCGCUUGGAGGAGUUGGUGCAGUUCCUUAGGGACUGCCUGCUGCGACACCGUGUGCUUUUCCACUGCGUCCUGGGCCCUGGUGGGGCGGCUGCCGAGGUGGGCCCCCUGCCCAAGGUACUGCGCGAAGCUGCACCGGUGGACCUCCUGGCCGCUUUCGAUGGGCGUGCCCGGGAACUCGUGGCAGCGCGUUUGUUAUCCACCUGGCGAAGGCUUCCCCGGCUUCUCCGGGCCUACGGGGGUCCCCGCUACCUUGCCAGGUGCUCUCCACCUCGGAGUCAGCGUGCCCAGGGUUUCCCUGAAGAUGAACCAUAAACCUCGACAGCGCCCCCACCUGGCCAAAGACUCCUGAAGGCGCCUUCGCCAAUGAAGGAAAUGUAAAGCGAAGAUGGGCUGCGAAGAGUGUUGGAAAAUUUGAAGGAUGCCAGAAGAUUUGGUGACUUAAAUGCCACCCCCUGGCUCUACAAUUCAAUAUAAUUAUGGUAUCUUCAUGCCUGUCAGUGUGUCCCGGACGAGCUAUGGAAAAACACUCAACUGUAGCAGCCAAGAGUUGGUCCCAGUGUCGGUUAGUGUGAGAUGAUUCUGUAGAAGGACUUUGGCUUUUUAGAGGAAGCAAGAACUAGCUGCAGGAAAGCAUUCUGUCUGUUGGGUUUUGAGACACGAAUCUCUUCUGCCCAAAAAAUGUAAAAAAAAGCUCAUGUUUUUGACUUAACUACUUGCCUGGUACUUGGUUCUCCCUUGUCAAAAAAAGAAAAAGAAAAAAUCUGAAUCUUAAUCCACAACCAGAAUUGAAAUUCUAUUGCAGGGGCUAAUGUUCUGUGGAAUUUAGCUUCCACUCCUCAAAUUAAUAUUAAUAUAUUUUACAAAUGGUGCAAUCGUAGGUGUUUGACAGGAUUGUAAAGAAUUAAGUCACACGUGUUGAGAAGCGAUCAGAAGUUGGUUAGAGAAACUUCCAGAGCAGAUAGCACUUUAUUUUGAUCAGUUCUUUCAUUUUGUAGUAAUUACUGAUGCCAAGUAUUCCAUCUGAAAAUUACUUUUAUUAUUAAGAAUGUGCAGCCUUGAAAAGCAGCCAGCAGGCUUACUGAACGUCCCCCUAGGGUGCAAGCCCGAAUAUGUACCCGGCAGCCAACACCCAUUUAUUGAGUGCCUACUGCCAGCCAGGGGCAGUGCAAGAUGGCAACAAAAUAAAUGUUUAAGGCAACAGUGGUGGGGAUGCAAAACUUGUUAGGUCUUAAGAAAGGUAGAUUUCCUGUCUUCACCUCUGUGGGGUCUCGCCAGGGCUUGCUGCUGGCUGGAGAUGGAAAACUUUUUUGCAUUACGACUUUUUAGCAGACUCCUUUGGACAGAGAAUUCUUCCUGAGUUUAAUGAGCUAAUGGGGUGGAAGUGCCCACUGCAGCACCUCGCACGAAGUUAGCUGUUGGAAAGUCCUUUAUCCCGUUUCCCAGGUGGCCUUCAGUGUCCCAGGAGGCCAACUUUGGCCAACUUGGAGGAGCAGCUAUAGAUUCCACACAGGUCUUGCAAAGCAUUUCAUUUAUAGUUCAGUAUCUUGGACUCUGUGCUGGAAAAUCAGUUACUCCCUGUGCAGUUGGCAGAGGAGAUAGCCUUUGUCAGCUGUCUCCUCUCUUUUCUCUUUGGGCAAAAAUAUCACCCCAUUGGGUAUACUUUGCAGCCAGCAGGAGCCCAUUCGGAAAUCUCACCUUGUCCUCCCAAAUUUCUAACAGCCCUCAAUUUUCAUAAACUAACUGCAAACUCAGUCUAAGUUAGGAUGGUCCAUCUCCCCCUUACCUGAUUGGAAAUACAGCCAGCCUUGGUAUUUUAUACUUUGGGAUUUUUAAUUUUAUUUAAAAAAAAAAAAACAAAAAACAAAGCUAUGUACUUCCUGAGACUCUUAAAGGUAAAAC